AGUACAAUUAUUUAAUAAGCUAGCUGUUUUCAGUUGGUUGAAUGAAAUAAAAGUUAAAGCUUCUUCUUCUUUUCUUAGAAAAAGCUUUAACUUCAACAAGUUUCUUGAUUUUUUUCUUUUUUUUUUUUCAACUUUUGCUCACAAAGGAAAUAAAAAUUAUGGGUUUAAACUUGAAAAUAGUUCAUCUUUUAUCACUCUCAUAUUUUCUCAUUUUAUUGUCUCUCAACUUUGAUGGGAUCUCAGUGAAUGCCCUUAAUAUUGGUGUUGAACAUUUUUAUCAUACAAGUCAUCUGAUUCAUCUCCCUUUUGUGAGUACAAAAUGCAGUAGAAAGUGUGAAUCUGAAUUUUGUGAAGCACCUCCCUUAUUGAGGUAUGGCAAAUACUGCGGACUUCUGUAUAGUGGGUGUCCUGAAGAGAAGCCGUGUGAUGGGCUUGAUACUUGUUGUAUGGAACAUGACAAUUGUAUCUCAAGGAAAAAUAAUGACUAUCUAAGCCAAGAGUGUAGCAGAAAUUUGAUAAACUGCAUGGAUAGAUUUGCGAAAUCACGAGGACGUGGUUUCAAUGGUAGCAAAUGUGAUGCAAGGAAGGUGAUCAAAGUCAUCAAAGUUGUCAUGGAACCUGCUUUAGCUGCUGGGAAAGCUCUUGGCAGACCUUAAGACUUUAGCGCUAAGCUAAGCUAGCUACUUUAGGGAAAUUCAUCGUCUUUAAUCAACUAAACUUUAGAUUGUCUCUACGACUCUGAUCUAGCUAUAAGUUUGUCUAUAAUUAUUGACACAUAUUUCGGAUUGAUGUUAUGAUAAAAAAAUAACUCAUAGUUACCCA